CCGCCCUCGCGGGCCGGGCCCCGCUGCGCCCCGGCGCGCCCCGCCGCUCGGGGGGAUGUCUUACAAACCGAACUUGACCGCGCACAUGCCCGCCGCCUCCCUCAACGCCGCAGGGAGUGUCCACCCGCCCUCCACCAGUAUGGCGACGUCUUCACAGUACCGCCAGCUGCUGAGUGACUACGCGCCAUCUCUAGGCUACACCCAGGGAACUGGGAACAGCCAGGUGCCCCAGAGCAAAUACGCUGAGCUGUUGGCCAUCAUCGAAGAGCUGGGGAAAGAGAUCAGACCCACCUACGCGGGCAGCAAGAGCGCGAUGGAGAGACUAAAACGAGGCAUCAUCCACGCUCGAGGAUUGGUGCGGGAGUGCUUGGCUGAGACGGAAUGGAAUGCCAAGCCCUAGCUGCCUUGUGAGCCUGGACGGUUUUCCAUUUUCUUCGGAGAGAAGAAGUUACAGUUCAUCUCCCCUGUUCAGAUUAAACUUUUGUUUUCAAAAUGGUAACAGUUUGGUUUCUCCUCCCCCUGCCCCUCCCAUGGUUCACUAGGCUCC